GGGCAAGCGGUAGGCGCGGAGUGCUCUUCCUCCGGCGGCGCUGGGGCGCAGGCGCGCAUGCGCGCGUGUGUGUCGCGAGCUACGGGCGGGAGGACGUCUCUUACUUUUGAGGGGAAGCAGUGCGGCUGCGCCGCGCGGGGGCUGCCGGGGCGGCGCGUCCGCACAGCGCACGCGUGGGAGGAGCCCGUUCCGAGGGGGGCGGAGAAGCGGCGUCUGAGGCGAGGGAACCGCGGCGGUUGGGCUGGGCCGCACCCGCCUCUCCCGCGCCAGGCAUGAUCGAGAUGGCCACGGACAAGGAGACCUUCCUCGUCCCGGCGCCACCGCCCCCGUUGCUCAAGGCCCGGGCCCAGGACGAGGCGGCGCCGCCGCCGGCAGCCGAAGACCCCUCAGGCCGGGACGAGCAGCUCCAGCGGGCCCGCAACGGCUUCCAGGCGCCCCCGAGGGCCUCAGGCGGCGGCGGAGGAGGAGGAGGAGGAGGGAAGCGGCGCAACAGCUGCCACGUCGGGGGAAGCGGAGGCGGCGGGGGCUUCAAGCCUCCGGCCUUCAAGCGCCGCCGCCGGGUGAACUCGGAGUGCGACCCGGUGCUGCCGUCGGAGUUCCUGCUGGGCGGCAACAUCUUCGACCCGCUGAACCUCAACAGCCUGAUGGACGAGGAGGUGAACCAGGCGCUGAACGCCGAGACGCCCAAGUCGUCGCCGCUGCCGGCCAAGGGACGGGACCCCGUGGAGAUCCUCAUCCCCAAGGACAUCACCGACCCGCUCAGCCUCAACGCCGCCCAGGAGGACCCGCCCGUGCUGGCCUCGCCCCUCAAGGCCGGGCGCAAGCGGCACCGGCACCGGGGCAGCCAGCGGGCCGUGGGGGGCGCGGAGGCGGCAGGGAAACCGCCCGCUGCAGCCCCGGUUGCCUCCGCCCCUCCUCCUCCUCCUCCCUCCUCCUCUUCCUCCUCCUCCUGCAGGUCCUGCCAGAAGUCCUGCAACGGGGCCACCCCGCAGCCCUACGAACUCAACACGGCCAUCAACUGCCGGGACGAGGUGGUUUCCCCGCUGCUGCCGGAAGGCGGGGAGCUGCCCCCUGCCCAGCCGGCCUCCAGGGGCACCCCUUGCCCUUCCUCCUCCUCCGCCUCCUCCUCUUCGGUAAGUCGCCACCACCACCACCACCACCACCACCACCACCGCAAGAGGCGCAGGACUUGUAGCAAAUCGGAAGGGGGCCGGGCCGGGGAGCAGCCCAGCCGGAGCAGCCCCGAGCGGGCGCCGGGUGGGCGUCACCCCCAGGCCCCCUCCAUGCAUCCACCGCAGCAGCAGCCUCCUCCUCGCCGGGCCUCGCGCAACAAGUUCCAGUACGGCAACUACUGCAAGUACUACGGCUACCGCAACCCCAGCUGCGAGGACGUCCGGCUGCGGGCCAUGAAGCCCGAGUGGUUCCGAGGCCGGGAGGUGCUGGACGUGGGCUGCAACGUGGGCCACUUGACUUUGAGCCUGGCCAAGAAGUGGGAGCCGGCCCGCAUGGUGGGGCUGGACAUUGACGGGGCCCUGAUUCAUUCGGCCCGCCAGAACAUCCGGCACUACCUCUCCGAGGAGAUGCAGCAAGAGCAGCCGCAGCCCCAGGACGGUCCCGGCGAGAGGGAAGGGGCUCCCCCAGCCAAGAAAACCUUCCCCGCCUCCCUCGCUGCCAGCCGGGGUCCAAUUGCUGCGCCCAGGGUGCCCCAGGACGGGGUGGACGCAACGGUCUUCCCUAACAAUGUGAUCUUUGUCAAGGGCAACUACGUCCUGGAGCGGGAUGAGCUGCUGGAAGCUCAGAAGCCGGAGUACGACGUCAUCCUCUGCCUCAGCGUCACUAAGUGGGUGCAGCUCAACUGGGGCGACGAGGGGCUGAAGCGCCUCUUCAGGCGCGCCUACCGCCACCUGCGGCCCGGCGGGGUCUUCAUCCUGGAGCCCCAGGCCUGGUCCUCCUACAAGAAGCGGAAGAACCUGACGGAGACGAUAUCCAGGCACUACCAGCGGAUCAAGCUGAAGCCUGACCAGUUCCCCUCCUUCCUGACCUCCUCCGAGGUGGGCUUCUCCAGCUACGAACUGGUGGCUAUGCCCAGGAACACGCCGAAAGGAUUCCAGCGCCCCAUCUAUCUCUUCCGCAAGGGCCACCCCGGAACGCAUUGAGGAGCCUCGCCGGACCUCGGGGGGGGGGCCCUCCGGGGCUGCCCCCUCCUCUUUUCUCCAUGUGCCACGGGGGGGGGGGAGGGGGCUGCUUCUCCAGGGGGCAGAGGUGGACGGACUAGCCCCUCUGCCCCCCCUCCCCAAAACCGAUGAAUGUUGGAGUCUUCUGAAGGGGCCGGCGAGGUACAAGUGGGCGAUGGAUUUGGGGACCUUGGCAAAAGAGCCCACCCCACGGGAAACGAUGGGGGGGGGCGCAGCUCUUCUGGGGUCCUCCUGCAGCACCGCCUGGGGCGUGCAGGACACAUGGGGAGGGGGAGGUUGGAGCAGGAGCAGAGCAGCCCUGCCCAGGAUAUGGCUGAUUUUGGGGGGAAGGGAUCACACCCCCAAAAAGUCUUGAUAUUUUUUUUGGAGGGGGGGUGAUAUUUGGGCUUUUCAUUCAAAGCCUGGGAGGACAAAGGGGUGUCUUUCUCCCCCCCCCCUCCAAAAUGGAAGCUUUGUGCCUCGCCACAUAACCCAUAAUCUCUUGCCUGGAACAGGGUGGGCUUCCUUGGGCUGGGGGGGCAAGAGGCCUCCCCUCUGGAGAAGGCGGCUGGGGGCCCCCACAAGGUCCUCUGCCCCCCUCCCCCAAUUUUUUUUUUGGGCCCUGGGAGGAGGGAGGAGAUAACCAGCUGCAGCCCCCCCUCCCUCCCUCAGCCCUUUCAGAGGGCCCAAAAGACCCCCCCCCCAAAAAAAAGAAAGAAAGACCCCCGUAGUACUAAAGUGAUCUUGUUUGAACGGAGUUUUAUCUUUUAAAAAAAGUUGGUUAUAUAUAUAAAAAAUAAAACCUACAGAUUAUUA